AUGGCGCCUUUGAAGCAACGUGGUUCUUUCGUUCUCGACGAUGGCCCGUGCUCUGAAAUUCAAGAGGGAGGUCUGAAGCGCGCCUCUGAUGGGGGACCAGGCGAGAUAGCUAUUUUUGAGGCGUAUCUGAUAGCAGGUUUCCGGGGAAUCGUCCCUUCGCUCGUGGCUGAAGUAUCAUCGUUCUUGGGUUUUUGUCCUUCUCAACUAACUCCUUUAUCCUGGAAGACCUUAAUGUCGAUCCAAGUACUCGGGGAGCUUUAUGGUCUUGAUACCGGGGUACACAAAGUCCUAUACUCCUAUUAUUUUGCCCCAUUGACGAUCAUGCAUGGGUUCUACCACCUCCAGCCUCGUGACGGCGCUCCCUUGGUUGAAGAGCCACCGAGAGAUGUGUCUCGUCCGGUAUCCUUUCUUGGGGAAGCAAUGGCGAGAAAGAUGUUAGCGAUCCCUCAACAUUUCCGUGAAGUGCACUUCCUGAUGAGCAAGGAGGUCCUGUGUCAUAGUCGUCUUUGGGGGAAUUUUGUGAGACUCCCUGCUCCAGUCCUUUAUGAUGAAUAUCAACAAGCUGGAACGCGAAGAAGACGCCCCUUCUAUGCUCCCCCACCUCGUUUGACUAGGGCAACAUCGCCAGCCGCUUGGAUUAGACCGCUCCCUUCCAGGACCGUAACUGGAGAUGCACCGCUAAUGCGCAUUCGACAGUGGCUUCUUACUGAGUUGUUUCUUCUUCGUAACCGGGUGCAAGACAUGGCAGCUCAGCGUGACCUAUUGAUUUGGCAGACUGCUAUUGGAAGGCUAGGGCUGUGGAGCCACAUCACUGAUGAUGGUCCGAAGCCUGUGGCCAACGAAACUGAAGAAGGUGAAAAGGAAAAGACUCUCACCAAAGCUGAAGCAAAGAAGUGGGUGCAAGAAGACUUGAUGGUGCUCUCCGUGCUGCAAGGAUCUCUUGAUGUCCCUCUUCUUGAAGCUUACAGCUACUGUGAGACUCCCAAACACUUAUGGGAGACCCUCUUAAAGACGUUUGGAAACAUCUCCAACAUCAUUCGUGUGUUUGAGCUGAAGAGAGCCAUUAACUCCAUGAAACAAGAUGGAGGAGAGCUCACCAAACACAUGGGAAAGUUUGGAUCAUUAUGGUCUGAACUUGAAAGUCUAAGACCUAACACUACUGAUCAAGCAGCUCUUAUGGAAAGAAGAGAACAAGAUCAAGUGCUUGGGUUGUUGAUGACAUUGGAUUCUUUCUACAAGGAUGUCAUCAAACACAUCUUGAGAUCGCCUAACCUACCAUCCAUGGAGGAAGUAUGCGCGCAACUUCAGAAGGAGGAGGGAUCUCUUGGCCUGUUUGGAGGCAAGGGUGAGCUCACUAUGGCUCAUCAAGCUGAAGGACUGCAAGCAAACAAGGAUGCAUACAGAAGCUCAGGAAGGAAGUAUGAAAAGUAUGAGGGAAGCUGUGAGCAUUGCAACAGGACCGGUCACAAUAAGAGUGAGUGUUGGAGCCUACAUCCUCACCUUAGACCAUGUGGGUCCAACAGGGAUAGGGAUGCAAAGGCUCAUCUUUCUUCUGAAGCAAAUGGUGUUGGUUCAUCCGGAGCUAGCUCAGGCGCUAAGGUGGGUGAAAGUGAAGGUAGAGCCUUGGCGUCUCAUCAACUGAUUGGAAAGGGUAUGGAUCAGGAGGUAUUCAAGAGAGCUGACCUUGAAGCCUUCUUCAAAGCUCUUAAGGAGUCUGGUAACACUCUCGGAAACACCCUUGGAUACUCAUAUGCUGCUCAUACAUUGCCUAGUACUACUGAUAAGUUACUAGACAUUUUUAAAAGCUCUUACACUACUGCUAGUAAUCCUAGUAAUACUGAUAAGUUACUAGACAUGUUUAAAAGCGCUUACGCUGCUACUAGUGAGCCGAGUAUAACUAGUAAGAUUGAUAAUAACCUGAUUAAAGACAUAGAACUGGCUCAUGGACAUGUUAUGAUUGCUAAUGGAUAUAGAAUUCCUAUUAGAGGAAUAGGUAAACUGAAACUGUUUGAUAAGGACUCUAAAGCAUUUUUCAUGCCUGAGUUUACUUCUAAUCUUUUAUCUGUCAAAAGAUGCACCACUGAUCUUCAAUGCAAUGUUAUUUUUAGUCCUGAUGAUGUUAAGUUUCAGGAUAUUAAGAGCAAUAAUGGUGGGGAAUACAUAGGCCACGCAUUCAAAGAUCACCUAGCUCAACAUGGGAUUCUACAUCAGACUAGUUGUCCUUACACUCCACAACAGAAUGGAGUUGCUGAAAGGAAGAACAUGCACCUCAUGGAAGUGGCCCGUUCAUUGAUGUUCCACAAGAGUGUCCCUAUGAGAUUUUGGAGUGAUGCUGUGAUAACUGCUUGCUAUCUGAUCAACAAGAUACCAACCAAAAUCCUAGAGGAUCAGUAUCCAUUUGAGGUACUCAACAAGAGUCGACCAGUUCUGGAUCACUUGAGAUUUGGGUGUGUGUGCUAUGUACUGGUGCCAGGAGAGAUGAGAAACAAACUUGAAGCAAAGAGCACCAAGGCUAUGCUUAUUCGAUAUUCCGCAUCUCAAAAGGGAUACAAGUGCUUUGAUCCCACUACUAGAAGAUUCUUGGUAUCUAGGGAUGUGAAGUUCAUGGAAGAUAAAGGACAGAGUAGGCGUGAAGAGCCUACUCAAGUGACCGCUAAAGAACCAUCCCACUUUGAACAUGAGAGAGUAAGUGAAUCUGAAACUGAAGGGUUAAAAGACCAAGGCUCAGAAGAAGCUGGAGGUCUAGAAGAUCAAGGCUUAGAUUCUCCUGCCCAAAGUGGAGAUGAAUUAGUAAGAGAAGUUCAGAAUGAAGGCCAGGAAGCUGGAAAAGAAAUCCAGAUACAAGAGGAAGCUGUUGAGGAACAAGUAGAAGUUCCUUUGAGACGAAGCACACGGGUAAGUAGGGAUGCUUCCGAGCGGGCUAACACAAGAAACUGGGUAAACACGAGAGUGUUAUACAAUGCCCAGGCUGUGGAACAUCCUUCCCAAGCUGUGUGCUCCUUUACUGAGUCUCCGGAAGAGCACUACUCCUUUAUGGUAAGCUUAUAUGAAUGCUAUGUACCAAGAAGCUAUGAAGAAGCAAUGCUGAUUCAAGAGUGGAGGGAUUCAGUCAAUGAUGAGGCUGAUGUCAUGAUUAGAAAUGAUACAUGGUAUGAGAGUGAGUUGCCUAAGGGGAAGAGAGCUGUGUCAUGCAAGUGGAUCUUCACCAUCAAGUAUUUACCUAAUGGAAAGAUUGAUAGGCAUAAGACAAGGCUGGUAGCAAGAGGUUUCACACAAACCUAUGGAGAGGAUUACAUUGAUACUUUUGCACCUGUUGCAAAGCUCCAUGCCAUUGGGAUUGUACUAUCAGUUUUAACCAACCUUGGGUGGGAUCUUUGGCAAAUGGAUGUGAAGAAUGCUUUCCUCCAAGGAGAGCUAGAAAAUGAUGUCUAUAUGCUACCACCUCCGGCUCUUGAAGGAAUGGUGAAGCCAGGAAAUGUUCUUAGACUGAAGAAAGCCAUCUAUGGAUUGAAACAAUCACCUAGAGCAUGGUACAAUAAGCUAAGCACAACACUGAAUGGUAGAGGCUUCAGGCAGUCUGAGCUUGAUCACACUCUCUUUACUCUCAAUACUCCCUCAGGCAACAUUGUUUUGCUUGUGUAUGUGGAUGACUUCAUCAUAACAGGCAGUGAUAAGGAAGGAAUCCGAGCCACCAAGGAGUUUCUGAAAUCAGUAUUUGAUAUAAAGGAUUUGGGAGAGAUGAAGUACUUUCUUGGGAUUGAGCUGUGCAGAUCCAAGGAAGGGUUGUUUAUCUCUCAAAGGAAGUACGCAUUGGAUCUCUUGAAGGAUGCUGGUGCGUAUGGAGGAAGAACAGCCAAGAUGCCCAUGGAGGAUGGGUACAAGGUUCCACGUGAGUGGGAGAUUGAAUACAGCAAGCUGUUCCAUGAUCCAAAGCUGUAUAGGAAGCUUGUGAGGAAGCUGAUAUACUUGACCAUCACUAGGCCAGACAUUUGUUUUGCUGUGAAUCAAGUGAGCCAGCAUAUGCAAGCUCCAAAAGAGAAUCACUGGCGCAUGGUGGAGAGGGUUCUCAUGUACCUGAAUGGAACUCAAGGGCUUGGUAUAUGGAUGGGCUACAAUAAAAGCACUGAAGUUAUGUGUUAUUGUGAUACUGAUUGGGGUGGUGAUAGAGCAGACAAAAGGUCUACAACAGUCUACUGCACUUUCAUUGGAGAAAACAUGGUUACUUGGAAGAGUAAGAAGCAUAAGGUUGUAUCAUACUCUAGUGAUGAAGCUGAGUAUAGGGCUAUGCUAAAGCUUACCAACGAGUUGUUAUGGAUCAAAGGGAUUCUUAGGCACUUGGAGAUUGAGCAAGCAACACCAAUGACUAUGCAUUGUGACAAUCAGGCGGCUAUUCACAUUGCUACAAACUCAGUUGAAGAUCAGUCGGCAGAUGAGUUCACCAAGGCAGCAAGACAAAAGACUAUGGAGUCCAUCCACAUGAGAUUGGGACUCAUAGAUCUUGGGAAGAGAAGGAGCUGA